AUGAACGUCUCCAACGAAUCAACGCCUUCACUAAGCCCUCAACCUCCUCCUGGAAUAACCACGUUCACACGGACAACAUACUCUAUUCUGUCCGUCGUCGCUAUAAUUGGGAACAUCUUGGUUAUUCUCGUCUUUGUCGGGAACAAGGAUCUACUAAAAAAAUCCUACAACAUAUUAAUUCUGUCUUUGGCCAUAUCUGAUGUUCUCACUGCCCUGCUGCUCAGCACAAACCCAGCUUUUGUCCUUGGUGACGCGUUUCCUUAUCCAACAAAUCACAUCAUUGGCGACAUCUUCUGCCGUGUAUUGUGGAGUCGUACGCUUCUGUUCCAGCUGGUGGUUUUCUCCGCCUACAUCUGUAUGGCUUUGGCAACUGAGCGGUGGUAUGCAGUGGUCAGACCAUAUAAGUACAAAGAGGUCUUUAACAAGAAGCGAACGCUCGUUUACAUCUCCCUCGUGUGGCUGUGGUCAUUUCUCCUCUGUGGCACAUCUCUGUUCGAAGUUGCGUAUGUUCCCACGGAGCCAUUGAAUCGCCGCUGCAAAUGGAAAUUGUUCUGGGGUAAACAACAAGUGCGCAGUAUUGUUGCAAUCAUUCAAGUCCUGUUCAAAAUGGUGCUCCCAUGCCUGACCAUGUUGUGUCUGUUCCUUCACAUGGUUUACAAGGCAGGCAGGUCUACAGUCGCCUCAGCUGAAAGCAAAGCUAAAUUGCGCGGGAAAAUGACGCGGAUGGUCGGCGCCGCCUGCUUCAUGCUCAUUGUGUGCUACGCGCCAAAUCAAAUCAACUACGCGCUGGCAAUGGCUGGAAAAGCACGACUGGAUAGCGAACUGCACCAUGGUCUCUCUAUUUUGGUAUUUGUUAACAGCUGUGUGAAUCCGUUCAUAUAUGGGUUGAGCAACAAGAACUACCGCAACGGUUACCUCAGAAUCAUGCUCUCAGUCUGUUUUAAAAUCAGUGGAAGAAUAAACAGUAAUCGAGUAACAGAUGGAAGCGACGGUACUGCCAUCACAGCAGUUUCUAUGGUGGAAAGUGCGAGGGAAAAUUCAGCUUAA